AUAAAAUAUGUGAUGUUACUGCGCUCUGACAGGAAAUAACCUCGAUAAUGGAAAGAGGCUGUUCUUUUUAGCUGAAUGUGAUGAGAACAGUGAAGAAGAUGGCUUCUGCUGUCAGCAUCGCUGCGUUUCUGCUCUGCUGCUGCUUCGUUUCCUCCACAGGCUCUCAGGAUGAUUGUGUGUACGCUGCAACAGGAUCAACCUUUACUUUGCCCCUUACAUAUGAGUUGAAGGAAUCAGAUAACCUGAAAUGGAUCAAGGACACAAGAAUAAUCUUUUAUCGCAGACAGAAACACGUGACCAUAGGGAAAAAUGAUGCUGUUGAUUCAACUGGAUCACUAAAGCUGACAAAACUGACCAAAGACAAGUCAGGACGAUAUAAACCAGAAGUUCACAACACAGAGGGAAUAAAUGUGGGGGAAAAUUUACCAAGUGUGCGUUUGUGUGUAUUAGAUCCUGUGCAGAAGCCCACAGUGACGAGGACAUGUACACGUGAUAAGACAAAAGUCACUUUUACUUGCAAUGUUGGUCAGAGUGAAAAUAAUGUUCUGAUCAAAUGGUUUAUGGAUAAUAAACCCGUAGAAAAAGAGACUGGCAAGGACCUGACAAGACCAGUCAAAGACGUGCUGAAUGCUCGUUUCUUUUGCAAUGUUUCUAACCGCGUCAACUCUGAGACCAGUCAGCCUGUUCAACAAGACUGCAAGUCCUCUUUUCCUUUUCCUGACACACUAUUUGGAAUUAGCAUCUGGGUUUUUGUGGGUGGUGGAGCAGGUAUUGUUCUGGUGCUGAUCCUAAUUGUCAUCAUUUGUUGCAUCCGGACCAAACGGAAGAGGCGUUUGCGACUAAAGGAUGAGAGGGAGCUUCGCUUGCAGUGGGGCAAUCAGGAACAACAACAUCAUCAUCAUCAGCAUCAUCAUCAGCAUCAUCAACAUCCAAAUCAAAAUAAUUCUGAUCAGCAUCAUCACCCCCACCACCAUCAGCAGCAGCCGGCAGGCAACACCGGCCCCCGACAACAUCGCUCUAAACAGCCACGCACCCAGCAGCGUCCCAGAGCGCCUGAGCCCGCCAACGGCCAACCUCAGCCCAGCCCCAGACGGGCUACGCAGGUUUCCGCUCCAGGUGGUAACGGCGGCGAAGAGCAGCCUCCUCCUCUUCCUCAGCCCAGGAAGAAAACUCCAAAAGCACCAAAAGAAUGAAAAAACUUGAGCUUAGUAUAUGGAAAUAAUUUUUAAUCUUUUUCUUCAUCUUUUUAAAAGCUCGUCUCAAACUAUAAAUCUAUCUGAUAAUGUGACGCUGAAACUUGACCUGCCAAAGAAUUAUAUAUAUAGAUAUUGUAAUAUUUGUAUGUAUAUAACAAAUAUUGCGUAGACUUCAGAUCCUCUUAGAUCAGAAAGUGAGUCUACAUGAGGAAACAGACUUCUGAAAGAUGUGAGAUGAACAAUCAGACUAUAAUUUUUUUUAUUUUCUUAAUUUUUCAUUAUACUUGAGUAAGUUAUAUGUUAAAUACAAAGAAAUUGUCAAAGUGUACACAUUGACAUUUCUGUUUAAUGCAACAUUAUAUAGAAUAUUGCUAGUAGUUGUUACUCUUUGCUACUUAUUCCAUAUUUACAUCCUAGAAACAGUUUUACAUUUUGGGAAAUACUCUUAUUUUCACGUUUACCGUUUUUUAGCUUCACUGCUGUUGGCAUUUGUAUGUUGAAUACAGAGCUGAGACCAGCAGCUGGUUAGCUCAGUUUAGCUUGGCUUAGAAUAGCUUAGGUAGGUUUUAGGUAGGUUUUUUUUGCCUCUUAACAUUUGAGGCUUUCUACAAAUGUUUUGCCAGGUUAAGCAGGUUAAGCAAAAUCUGUCAGACUGCAUAUAAAAGAUGAUGUAACCAACUGGUUUCUAAAGUUUCUACAGACUAUAUACUCAAAACAAAUAUUCUUGGCCCUCACAGCCCAGUAAAGCCUGAAUGAUGAAAUAAUUGCCAGAAAAUUCUCAUUUUUUUCAAACUACAGUGGUAACUGCAAAACAAUAUAUAUCAGUUUGCAUAUUACAGUUGGCAUUUUUGUAUAAAAAAGAAACUGAUGAUGGCGGUCUCAAAAACUCACAAAAAUUGAAGUAUCUUAAUCGUUUUGGGCUUGAAUGGGAUUUUUUGAGUGUAGCUUUUUGAAACCAGGCAUCAUGUGCAAGGUGUGGCUCAUACUGAGAAACCGAGAGCCACGCCCUAAAGCAUACCCUGCUUUAUCACCCUGUUUGAAUCAAAUGGGGUCCAUGUUUUACAAACUAAGCAUCAUGUUAUGGUCAUGUGUCUUGUGAUACGUUUUAUCAGAAAAAAAGUUUCUUCUGAGGACAAGGGAGUGAAAGGGUUGUUUUCUUUUACAUCGCUGUAGAACCAAACUUCUUUUUUAAAUCAAAAGAGUCGCCCCCUGUUGGCAAUUAGGUAAAACUGCAGGCUCAAAGCACCUCUGCAUUGGCUCCGCAGUGCAGAAGUGCCUUUAAAAUAUCAAACUAUAAAAUAUCAAACUUUAACAUUUUUUAAACCUCAAAAAUGUUUUGCUGACUACAAGAAAACUUGCACAUUGUGAAUUUUACCAUCACGUAUACAUUAUGUAAGAGUGGCUUCACUGCCACUGCAGAAACCUUUUCACACAACAUAGUAUUCAAUUUUCAAUCUAGAAGGCUCCUUCUUUCUGGACAAACUACAAAAAGAAUGUCACUGCAGAUUAUGUCAUUGUGCGAACAGCCUUUGGUGUACAUGUUGCAAAAAGCAAAGGAUUUGUCAUUUACGUUUUUUAUUUUGUAAGUUUGCUCACCUUCUUAUGACUGCUGUCUGCUGUAGUUAACUGAAUUUUACUAGAAAGUUAACUAUCCGCAUUGUUUGAAUUGACAUGCGCGUUUGUAUUUGUAUGUAUUUGUGUAUGUGUCAGUAUAAACUGUGCACAGUGGUCUUUUUAAAUAAAUGGUGUCGUUAUGAUUUGCA